AGUAACCUCGAUUGUAUCUACAUUCUCAGUUUUUUCAGAUUUGUUUUUGCUAAUAAUGGGUUCUUCAACAACAGUUGUGUUGCGGAGAAGGACGGAAGCUCCAAAACCGGGAAGAACAUUGAGGAACAGGUCGAAUUCAAGGAAAAUGGUUGAAGAAGAUGAAUAUAGCGAUACUUCAUGUGAGAAAUGUGGAUCUGGUGAAUACCCAGCUCAGCUUUUGCUUUGUGACAAAUGUGACCGAGGAUUUCAUCUGUUUUGCUUGAGACCCAUUCUGGCUUCAGUGCCCAAAGGCUCCUGGUUCUGCCCAUCUUGCGAUGAUAACAAGAAUCUGACAAAAUUUCCUCUUGUGCAAACAAAGAUUGUUGAUUUUUUCCGGAUUCAGAGACCGUCUAACUCGAUUAAUGAGUUUAGUCCAGGCAAAGAUUGCCAGAAAAAGAGAAAACGUGGCAGUAGCUUGGUAGUGUCAAAGAAGAGAAGAAGAUUAUUGCCCUUCAAUCCGACUAAGGAUCCUACCCGGAGAUUGGAACAAAUGACAUCUCUUGCUACUGCCUUGUUAGCAGCUGGAGCAGAUUUCAGCAAUGAGCUCACCUAUAUGCCAGGCAUGGCCCCACGAACAGCUAAUCAUGCAGCACUCGAGCGAGAGGGAAUGCAGGUAUUAUCUAAAGACGAUACAGAAACUUUACAGUUGUGCAAGAACAUGAUGAAACAGGGUGAAUGGCCACCACUCAUGGUUGUUUUUGAUCCCAAAGAGGGAUUUACUGUUGAAGCAGAUGCGAUCAUAAAAGACUGGACAAUAAUUACAGAGUAUGUUGGAGAUGUUGAUUACUUGAAUAAUCGGGAAGCUGAUGAUGGAGAUAGCAUGAUGACUCUUUUAACUACUAAUGAUCCUUCAAAAGACCUUGUCAUUUGUCCUGACAAGCACAGUAAUAUUGCUCGCUUCAUCAAUGGGAUAAACAAUCAUACUCCCGCUGGGAAGAAGAAACAGAAUUUGAAGUGUGUGAGGUUUGAUGUUGAUGGUGAAUGCCGUGUUUUAUUGGUUGCAAACAGAGACAUUCGAAAGGGAGAGAGGCUAUAUUAUGACUACAAUGGUUAUGAAAAUGAAUAUCCAACUGAGCACUUUGUUUGACCUCAUAGGAUCCAAACUGAUUUGUCCAGCGUUGGUUUCUAAAUUUUUUAAUCUAUUGACACAUAGCGCAAAAGCCUUGUAAACACAAGGGCAAGGUGGAGGGGUAUACAAGAAUGAUUUUGUCUUGGGUGCAUAAAAUGCAAAGAAUUCCUAGUUUCUGGUCUCAUUGUCCAGUCUCACAUCUCAUACCUUCAAGAUAUUUUUAGUGGACUCAUGGAACAUGACAACCUGAGAAGAUUUUGUGUACAAAUGUCAGCUAUUGGUGAUUCAUCAUGUAAAUGCUUUAAGCUUGGUUCUGGAGAAAAAACUCAUGUUUCCCCAAACAGAAGUUC